UAGAAGAGGCUUCGGUACAUUCUUCCAAGUCGAGAAAAUCUGCCGACUAACGUCAACGAAAUUUUUACAGUUGCUUAGCGUGCAGUAGUAGUCUUGUGAGUUUUGUAUCAUUUCGUAUAAUUUGGUUGAUAUUGCUGGUAAUUUAAAAUGCCGGUUGAAAAUCUGGAACAUGAAGGACUUGCAAAGAACCCCAACCUAGAACUGGCGCAGUACAAAUUCUACCUGACUCUUGAUCAACACAAAAAUGAUUCCUCUGUGAAACAAAAGCUUAUGGAUGCAAUUCGUUCGGACGAUAUGGCACCCUUUUAUGAAGAAGUCUGCAAAGAGCUAAACUGGACUGUUGAUGCUCCCCUCCUUAGUGGGAUGAAAGAAAGAAAUGAAACUAAACUCAAAGCUUUAGAUGCUGCCAUUGAAGAUGCAGAGCAAAAUCUUGGUGAAAUGGAAGUUAGAGAAUCUAAUCUGAAGAAGGCUGAAUUCCUUUGCCGAAUAGGGAACAAGGAUGCAGCACUAUCUGCAUUUCGCAAAACCUAUGACAAAACAGUGUCUCUUGGUCAUAGACUCGAUAUCAUUUUUCAUAAUAUCAGAAUUGGGUUAUUUUAUGUGGAUCAUGACUUAGUGACCAGGAAUAUUGAUCGUGCAAAGUCACUCAUUGAAGAAGGAGGGGAUUGGGACAGGCGCAAUAGACUCAAAGUUUACCAAGGACUCUAUUCAAUGGUUAUCCGGGACUUUAAAGCAGCUUCUGGUUUCUUUCUGGACACUGUUUCAACUUUCACUUCUUAUGAACUAAUGGAAUAUUCUACUUUUGUUCGCUACACGGUUUAUAUGGGGAUGAUUGCGCUACCCAGGAACCAGCUACGCGACAAGAUUGUCAGAGGCUCUGAAAUCUUGGAAGUAUUGCACAGCCUUUCUGAUGUCAAGGACUAUCUGUUCUCUAUGUACAACUGCCUCUACGCCGACUUUUUCGUCAAUUUGGCCAAAGUGGAACAAGUUAUGAGCGAAGACCGCUACCUUGCCUCGCAUUACCGAUUCUAUGUUAGGGAAAUGCGAAUUCAAGGCUACACACAACUCCUCGAGUCAUAUCGCAGCCUUACAUUAAAUUACAUGGCGCAAGCUUUUGGGGUUUCCGAAGAGUAUAUAGACAGGGAACUUGCUCGCUUUAUAGCUGCGGGUCGGCUGCACUGUCGUAUCGACAAAGUGGGUGGCAUCGUUGAAACCAAUCGUCCCGAUUCGAAAAACUACCAAUACCAAUCAACUAUCAAACAAGGAGACGUUUUGUUGAACCGCGUUCAAAAACUUUCACGUGUUAUUAAUAUUUGAAGCAUAUGAUUUCCUUUGUCAAAUUAUUCUUAUCUUUUUGUAAUGAGUGGAAAUGCAAAUUCCAGCAUCCA